CGAACCCGGGACCCUUCAGUCCACAGGCCGACGCUCCAUCCACUGAGCCAAACCGGCCAGGGCAUGUUAUGGAGACUUCUUAAACUUCAUACUUAGAUUAAGCCAUGUUAAAUUGUCAUCCGAUCACUGGGCCCAUGAAAACGAGGAUUGCACGUGGCUCAGCCUUACUGAAAACAGAAUGACACAGUGAGUUCCCUUGUAGCCGUAGCUGGGCUUCACACGUGGCCAGCCUGUUUCUUCCGUACAGCUAUUCCCCUGCCCUGGGGUUUUUUUUGAAGUGAAUCAGACAUUUGUGCAACUUAUGAAUAUUCAUCCCUAAACUAUGAGAACGUUUUUAGUAAAAGUCUUAAUUUUAUCUUCCCACUUUAAAAGUAAACCUUCUCAAACUUUUAGUUGGGUUCAGCUUCCCACCGUCUUCAAUGGUUUUACAAUCUGUUGAAAUCAGAAUCAAAAUCCUGGUAUUACAGACCAUCAUCAAGUCUCAGUCCCUGGUUUUCCCCCUUCUUUCAUGUCAUCUGCUGAAACGCCUGCGUUUCGUCCUGGGGAGCGGCGGUGCCUGAAGUGUGGUCUGUGACCUGUACUGCACUGAGGCAAACAAGUUCGGAAAUGGGAAGUAAGCAUUUAAAAAUAGCCUGACAUUGCCACGGCAUCCAGCUUUCUGUUCUGUCCGGAAUAACUCCUGGCCUUUUGUUCUCGUCUUACUUCACUUUUCCCGUAAUUUGUGUUUAUUACCUUUUUAUAAAAUUGUGGCCUGUGAUGGAUCAGGCAUUCUCUUCCAAAGUAGGUCGUUGAGAGGCGCUUUUGCCACGUUUGACAGCCUGGAUCUGGCCAGUCGCCUCCCUGUCACGAUGCUGUGUUCUUUUGUCCCCUAUACAUCCUGGACACUUGUCGUUAGAUGAAGAUGGCUUUUCUAAGACCAGAAUGCAUGUGGCUUUCAGUUUUUAAUGUUUUGUGUGUGUUUUUGAGAAGUGAUGAAGGUCGGUGGAGUAAGCCCGCGCCUGCUCUAUUAUAAGACUUACAUGAUGCUAAUAUUUGAGAAAUUAAGGAACACCUUUUGGUCUCCUUUUCAGCUUCAGAACUAGAUAAUGAUGCCCCCAAACCAACUUGUCCCUCCUCCGACAGCAGCGACACCCAGAAAGCCCCUGUCGUGGCUCCUCCUUCCGAGUCAAAGCAACAAACAGCCACCCUUGGAGAGAGGACAUUCAACUGCUGCUACCCAGGUUGCCACUUCAAAACUGUUCACGGCAUGAAAGAUUUGGACCGCCACCUACGAAUCCAUACGGUUAUUUUGCAAAACUUCGUUUUUUCAACCAUGGAUCUGAAGAAAGUAAGUGCGAAGGACAGUGCUGAGAAGAAGAAGCGGAUGAUGUGCAUUGAAUUAAAGAAAGAAAUUAUUGAAAAAUAUGACCAAGGUGUGCGUGUAAUCGACUUGGCGAAGCAGUACGAGCGUAGCACUUCUACGAUCUGCACCAUACUGAAGCAGAAGAAGUCGAUACAGGCUAUAACUCCAGCGAAGGGCGUUAAAAUCAUUUCUAAACAGCGGACAGCUAUCCAUGAAAAUAUGGAGAAGCUGCUAAUGGUGUGGUUAACGGAGAAGCAGCUCGCAGGAGAUAACGUGACGAAGGCUAUAAUCUGCGAGAAGGCACGAGCUAUUUACGCUGAUUUGCUGCAGCAGACCCCGGGCACUUCAAUGGACGAGGCGUCGGGCGAGCCGUUUAAAGCCAGUCGGGGCUGGUUCGAAAAUUUUAAAAAGAGGACCGGCAUUCACUCCGUUGUCAGACAUGGUGAGGCAGCGAGCGCGGAUAUAAAGGAAGGUGACAUCAACGAGCUCAUCGAGGAGCACUCCGAGGAACUGACAACGCAGGAGCUAAAGGAGCUACAGACACAGCAGCACACGGAGGUUUUGCAGGAAAUAGAUGACACGGAGGAGGAGGUUAUCUCUGUAAGUGAGAUAAAGGAAAUGUUAGGAAUGUGGGAGAAACUUUCAGACUUUAUUCAAAAGAGACACCCAGAAAAAAUUGCAACUGGGCGUGCAAUGGAGCUAUUUAAUGACACUUGCCUAACUCAUUUCAGAAAUAUUCUGAAAGGGAGGAUGAAACAGAUCUCAUUGGACAGGUUUUUAUCGAAAACUCCUGUAGAUGAAAGUGAUGAAAGCAUGGUGAAAAGGGCAAAAACCAGCAAAUAAGAUUCAGUUAUUCAGUUAUUCAGUUCAGCCUUUCUCCUCCAAGUCCAUCAGCAUCUUUAAGUCGUUUGAUCUCCAAGGUAAAUGCUGUACAUUAAACUUAAUAAAACAAGUUUAUUGCACU